UCCUGCCCCCGCCCCGGGACCGUAGUUUCCACUACGCUGAAGCGGGAGGUGGUAACGGGCCCGUCUAUCUCCGCGCCUCGAAGAGGGGGGCGAAAGAAGCCACGUUCCAGAGAACGGGGAACUAUGAGCGAAGAGGAGCAGUUUGUAAACAUUGACUUGAACGAUGACAACAUUUGCAGUGUUUGUAAACUGGGAACAGACAAAGAAACACUCUCCUUCUGCCACAUAUGUUUUGAGCUGAAUAUCGAGGGAGUACCAAAAUCUAAUCUCUUGCACAGUAGAUCAUUAAGGGGCCAUAAAGACUGCUUUGAAAAAUACCAUUUGAUUGCAAACCAGGAUUGUCCUCGGUCUAAGCUUUCAAAAAGUACUUACGAAGAAGUUAAAAACAUUUUGAGUAAAAAGAUAAACAGGAUUGUACAGUAUGCACAAAAUAAGGAUCUGGAUACAGAUUCUGAAUGUUCUAAAAAUCCCCAGCAUCACCUGUUUAAUUUCAGGCAUAAACCAGAUAAAAAGCUACUGCCACAGUUUGACUCUCAAGUACCAAAGUAUUCUGCAAAAUGGGUAGGUGGAACUACAGGUGGCCUUGCAAGCUGUACACAAAGAAUUUUGGAGCAGAGGGAAAAUACAGACUUUGGGCUUGCGAUGUUACAAGAUUCAGGUACCAGUUUAUGCCAUGAUAGUAUAUUGUGGCCUCAUCAUCAUAACCAGUCACAGAAAAAAGAAGAGACAGUCUCUAAACCUGAGGCCAUGGCCCAGGCCCAGCACCCACAUUACAGCAGAGAGGAAUUGAAUUCAAUGACUCUUGGUGAGGUACAGCAACUAAAUGCAAAGCUCCGACAGCAGAUCCAGGAAGUUUUUGAAGAGUUAACACAUCAAGUGCAAGAAAAAGAUUCCUUGGCCUCAGAGCUCCAUGUCCGCCAUGUUGCCAUCGAACAGCUUCUCAAAAACCAUUCCAAGUUACCAUGUCUGCAAGUAGGGCGAGCAGGAAUGAAGUCAAACCUGCCCAUAAACAACUGAACGAAACUCACAGUUACUUCAUAAGCUCUACAGUUCAUUGGUCUGCCAGGCAUGUAAAGUUUGAAGAAAGUUAUAGUUCAUUCUUUUAUAGUUAUUAAAUUUGCCAUGCUUAAGGCGAUGCUACAGUCUUCGUCAAAUAAAGCAGAUUGUUAUACUCUAGUCUUUAGGGUUAAUCAUUUUGGGAAUCUUUUUCCCGUAAUUACUGAAGGCCCCCUCUCUAACUCUUACCACAUGUGACUACUUCAGUAUACUGUUACAAUGUGAUUUUAUUAAACGUAUUUUAACAUAACCCACCUGUCAGAACUAUAGAAGGUUAACAAACUGCUUAGAUUAGUCUAACUACUAAAGAAAAAUUUUAAGAGGGAGAUAGAAUUCAUUAUAUUCAGCUCUUAUUUAUUAUGAGCAAUAUUUUAAUAUGAAAAUUUUAUAUGUAAAUGCUAUUUUAGGUACCUUUCCAUUCUCUUUAUACAUGUGUAUUUAAAUGGCUCUGUAUAUAUUACAUACUUUCAUGUGUGAAUACGUUCAUUCAUAUUUCAGAUCACUGCGUUUUAUUAGAAUGUUUUUACAACUAUUAUCUUGUUUUCCAAAGAAAAAGUGUAUUUUGGAGUAGAAAUCUAUCUAGUUGAAUUGUUUUAAUUUCUAGUAACUCAAUGAAAGGGGAAUUAAUGAAAUACAAGUAAAUAAAAUGCAUUAUUUUUUUUCUAACAAAAACUGUUCUGAAUUAGUUCAGGAAGAAAAUGCUAAUCUAGUUUUAUAUGUCAACUUGUCUCCAUAGAGAAAAAAGUCUCUACUACUUACUACUUUCGUUCUGAUUGCUUUGAUGUGUUAAGAGUUUGGACAGUGUAAAUCAAGCCUGACUUCCGAAUCAAAUGUAAUAUCCAACUUUCCUCAAAUUCAGUGUGCUGUAAAAUUGUUGUCUUUGAAAAAAAUUUAAAAAUAUUCAGUGUCCCACUUUGGGUAAAGGUUCAAGAAUUCCUUAAGCUGUCCAAAUUCUUUAUCAACAUCAUUGAAAUUAGUACCCAAAGAAAACAGCCUGUGGGAUAUUUUUCUAAAAUUUAGAAUCUAAAGGAAAAGAGGAUUGCUUGACAACAAGAAAAACAGGACUUCUAACUAAAAAAAAGCCCAUUUUAAAAAGGAUAUUUUUUUAAGUUGCUUAUAAUCUUUCCAAAGAGUUCUUAACUAAUAGAUUGUCUCAACUAGCUAGAUAAGUUUUUCAGUAGUAUGGUAAAUGCUAUAACCAAUCCAGAGUUAAGUUGGUCUCUAAAUUGUGUUUACAGCUGGUGCUUAGAAUAUUUAUGACGGAGAUCUUUUGCUUGAGAGAAUCUACAGGAAAGCCCAUUAACUUGGCAGCCUCAUGCAUAAAUAUAUGAAUGACUUCUGCCAUAAAUUUGGCAGCCUACUCUGGCUUAGGUCAGAUUUUAGUCUUGAACACAAACAGUAUUUGACUAAGCAAACACCUCAAUCUGGUAGAACACAACUUUUUAUAAUGCUAAAAUGUGUUAAGUUUAGCUGAGGUUAUUAUUUGAAAAUCCAUGAAUUUUAUUUUAGGUUUUCCCUUCUUGAGUAUGACAUAAUUAUUUUUGGAGGGAGCAUUUGAAGGAUGCUUUCAGUUUUUCUCAGUUCUUUGGGACAUCCAAAAUGAAUUUAAAAUCCAGGGAAUGGGAUGCAUUGCUUUAGUUUUAAUAAGCUUUAAAUUUAAUAUGUGCAAUAUCAAGUUCUCGAUAAAUUUACCUAAAGACAUUUCCUGAUUAUGCCAGUUAAGUAUCUUAGUGUGGUUAGUUGUUAUGGUCACAGUUCUGAAUUUGGCUUUACUCUGUUUGGCAUAAUUCAUUAAGAUUGUUACCAGCCAGUGUGUCAUCCACAUUCAGGCUUCUAUUUAGAUGACUUAGAGACAGUCAUAAAAACAUUAGGGAUGUGUUGGCAUUCGGUCUGUCAGUAGCAGCAUAUUUCCAGAACGUGACCAUAUUGUGCAGUCCUGAGUACAACAGUGUUAUCCAAAGCAAGUGUUUGCUUAUCUUUCUCUUAAAGAGUUCCUGGCAAGUAUGUAGUUUUACUGAUGCAUUUGGAAUGAUUGGAUGGGAUGACGCAGGUAUUAGGUCUUAAUCGGGGACCCUGAUUUGUUCCAUUUAGAUAUUUCUGCUUAAGCUCUUCAAAGGAAAGGUGCUCUUUAAAAAUAUCUGCGGUGCUGGUACUCACACUAGUACUUUUUUCGGACAAAAUUUUUGUUGUUGUUCAAGUGUUUCACAUGGCAGUUUAUCCAGAUAACUGGUAAACUUAUAUAUACCUGUUACAUUAAUUUUCUUGAUUAAAUAUGCAAUCAUUGUAUUUCAUGGUAUCUGCAACUGUAAGGACAAGGGUCAGAGUUGAGUUCUAACUUGAGAGAAACUGUACUACCAGCAGUAAUAGUUUUGGUAGGUGUGGCUACCCCGUUCUUCAGGAAGUUUACAACAAAAUCUCAUUAUAAUCAGUAGCUUCAGUUUCAUAAAUAUCAGAAGGCAGACAGCCAAUCAGCCGUUACUAACAUUUUUAGGAUUUGUAUGACUAAGAGCAAUGAAAUAAUACUAACGUAAUUUUUUCAAGUUAGAUUUCAUAACUAGACAAGUUUGAGUUAAAAAGUUAGAAGUCAAAAGUGAUUUUUGACUAUACAGGAUUGUUUUCGUAAAGAUGAAAGUUUUAAAAUUUCUUCAGCCUUAUUAAGCUAAAAGUUUUUUUUUUUUUUCACUUUGAGAUUAUCAUGUUAUUCUUGAAUUGUAUUUAAUACCUAAAUUAGUUUUAAAAAAAGGCAUGCCCUUAGGACAUUGUGGUAACAAUAAUGAUUCAGGCAGAAUAGUGUUUUGUUUCAGGAUGUAGUUUCUUACACACAAUGUUGGAGCAAAGAAAUGUUCUCAGUUUUUAGAAUUACAUGUUCAUUUCACCACAAAGUGCCCGUUUUUAUAUACAUUUAAGGAUUAUUUUUAAAAUAUCAGGUGCAUGUUGGAAAGUGAUUUCAGAAAUACAGUCCAAAUAUAUUCUAUUUUAUUGUUAGCUUCUUGACAGAUAAAUUGCAAUUUCUUGGGUUUUCAUUUUACCAUAUACCUUGUCAAUGAAAAUGGUUUAAAGUGCUUUCCUUUUUUGUUAUGUAUUCUGUAGCUUUUUUUUUUUUUUUAACCUUAGUGUUGACACUCUUGAGGCUUGUCUGUCAAUUUUUGGUAGGCUUUUUAAAAAAAAUUUGGAUCCAUUUGUGUGUUAAUAUUUACCAGUUUGGGUUUUGUUUUGGAAGAAAUGCUUUUGUUAACAACAUAAGAUAUAAUCCAAAAUGUGUAUGUGCUAAACUUAAGUAGGAAUUUUUAAAGAAUAAGUUAACGUGUGUAGCUUGUUAAUUGAGAGGUUCAGUUUAGUGACCAUAAAAUUAGGUUACAUAUACAUGUAUAAAAAAAAAAUUUUUUUUUUUAUACAUGAAACCUUUUAAGUGGUACAGUGGAGUUUUAGUGUUAUUUUCUCUGACUUAAGUCAGUUAGUGUACCGAUAGAUGUUAUUUAUCACUGCUUAUGCUUAAGUAAGAUAUUUAAAUAUUUUAAGUACUUAUUAAGAAGUUUAGUACUCUAAAACUUUAAAAUAUCGUCUGUUCAGAUGUGGCUAUGAAGCAAAGAUAAUUGACUUUUCAUUUCAGUGUUUAAUUGCAUUUUUAACUUUGGUAGGAAUAAUUUGAGGAAAUUUGUGGUAAAAAUCACUAAAAGAUAAAACUCUCAACAGGUUGCCUUUGCUAAGUUAAAUUUCAUGGGAGUUGGGUAGAGGGGAGCCUGUUUACCAUAAUAAUAAAGUGAUAGGUCUCUGGCCUAACUGUGGCACCUGGCAGUGCAUAAAGUAAAGAUAUCUUGCAGGGAUGUGUAAACCUGUUUGGAAUAACAAAGGCACUGUCUUACAUCUCAGUAUUUUCAUUUCACUGCAUCCUUCCUGUAUUGCGCUUGUUAUAAUGCGUCUAAGCGUCUAACCGAUGAAGCAACUUGUGACUGUAGUUACCUUGAUACGAACUAUAUCAUAGCAAGUCCCUAAUAUUAAGAUUUUCUUUUUUAGCAUCUAGUUUGUAAGAUAUACUUUCCUAUUCUUUUAAAUUCAGAUUACUAAUGCAUUUUAGUGAUAUUGAAUUAUCGUACAAUUUUAAGUUUACCAAAGUCAAAAAAAAAGUCACAGUGAUGAGAAUUGACCUCCAUCCCCAGUCCCCCCACCUCAGAAAAAAAAAAAAAAGUCAAUCUUGCCCCAAUUGCCCAUAAAGCAAAAAGGAAUUUUAGUAAAUGUGGAUUUUUUCCUUCAACAUGCCUAGUGUUUAUCUCCAUCCCAUUCCUUCCAAAAUGAGGUCAUUUAGAAAGUGUCCAUAGUGACUACUGUUAGACGUCAUUCCUGCUUUUACUAUUUCUGUGUAUCUCUGUGUUAGCCUUGAUUUAAUCCUGAGUAGCAUAUGGUCAUCGAACUUAAUCUCUCCUUGAUGUUAGAAAUGUUUUUUACAGAAUUAGAAUUUAGAAUAAGAAAAUGGAACUACUGUGGUUAAAAAACUAGGUUGGUUUCAAAAAACAUAUUUAGACAUUUGGCUGUUACACUUUUCUUUUAAAACUGCAAUAAUUUAUACAUUUGUAUUGCUCUGCUUUGGAACUAUACCUACAUUUGCUUGUCUGUUUUUAAUUUUACAAUAAAACAAGUAUUUUGUUAUCUGCUAGCUUCUGUGAAUGUUUUUAGAGUACCUGUUUUUUUUUAAUAGUCCCUGGGUGGCACAAACGGCACUCAAGUACUAGCCAAAAGAGUACUAGCUGAAAGGUCAGCCACGUGAACCCCCCACCGCCCCCAGGCACCUCAGAAGUCAGACCUGGUGAUGUGCUGCUGAAAGGUCAUAGCCUGGAAAACCCCGUGGAGCGGUUCUACUCUGCACAGGUGGAACCGACUCAGUCACAACUAACAACAGCAAAUUUUUUUAAGCGGUUGAUCUAUAAGAACUGUUUUGUUACACGGGCUUAAGAAGUCUAUACUUAAAAUAGUCAUCUUCAAGGAAGCCCUUUAUCACCGCUCUUAUUCAACAUUGUGCUAGAGGUCCUAGCCAGAGCAAUUAUGCUAGACAAAGAAAUAAAGGGCACCCAGAUUGGCAAGGAGGAAGUAAAAUUAUCUCUAUUUGCAGAUGACAUGAUCUUAUACACAGAAAACCCUAAGGAAUCCUCCAGAAAAGUACUGAAACUAAUAGAAGAGUUUGGCAGAGUCUCAGGUUAUGAGAUAAACAUACAAAAAUCACUUGGAUUCCUCUACAGCAACAAAAAGAACAUCAAAGAGGAAAUCACCAAAUCAAUACCAUUCACAGUAGCCCCCAAGAAGGUAAAAUACUUAGGAAUAAAUCUUACCAAAGAUGUAAAAGACCUAUACAAAGAAAACUACAAAGUACUAGUGCAAGAAACUAAAAGGGACCUACAUAAGUGGAAAAACAUACCUUGUUCAUGGAUAGGAAGACUUAACAUAGUAAAAAUGUCUAUUCUACCGAAAGCCAUCUCUACAUGCAAUGCACUUCCGAUCCAAAUUCCAAUGACAUUUUUUAAUGUGAUGGAGAAACAAAGUACCAACUUCAUACGGAAGGGAAAGCAGCCCCGGAUAAGUAAAGCAUUACUGAAAAAGAAGAAGAAAGUGGGAGGCCUCACUCUACCUGAUUUUAGAACCUAUUAUACAGCCACAGUAGUCAAAACAGCCUGGUACUGGUACAACAACAGGCACAUAGACCAAUGGAAUGGAAUUGAGAACCCAGAUAUAAAUCCAUCCACAUAUGAGCAGCUGAUAUUUGACAAAGGCCCAGUGUCAGUUAAUUGGGAAAAAGAUAGUCUUUUUCACAAAUGGUGCUGGCAUAACUGGAUAUCCAUUUGCAAAAAAAUGAAACAGGACCCAUACCUCACACCAUGCACAAAAACUAACUCCAAGUGGAUCAAAGACCUAAACAUAAAGACUAAAACGAUAAAGAUCAUGGAAGAAAAAAUAGGGACAACGUUAGAAGCCCUAAUACAAGGCAUAAACAGCAUACAAAACAUACCAAAAAUGACGAAGAGAAACCAGGUAACUGGGAGCUCCUAAAAAUCAAACACCUAUGCUCAUCUAAAGACUUCACCAAAGGAGUAAAAAGACCACCAAGAUAUUGGGAAAGAAUUUUCAGCUAUGACAUCUCCAACCAGCACCUGAUCUCUAAAAUCUGUAUGAUUCUGUUAAAACUCAACCACAAAAAGACAACACAAUCAAGAAGUGGGCAAAGGAUAUGAACAUGCACUUCACUAAAGAAGAUAUUCAGGCAGCUAACAGAUACAUGAGAAAAUGCUCUCAAUCAUUAGCCAUUAGAGAAAUGCAAAUUAAAACUACAAUGAGAUUCCAUCUCACUCCAACAAGGCUGGCAUUAAUCCAAAAAACACAAAAUAAUAAAUGUUGGAGAGGCUGCGGAGAGAUUGGAACUCUUAAUACACUGCUGGUGGGAAUGUAAAAUGGUACAACCACUUUGGAAAUCUAUCUGGCCUUUUCUUAAAAAGUUGGAAAUACAACUACCGUACAACCCAGAAAUCCCACUCCUCGGAAUAUACCCUAGAGAAAUAAGAGCCUUCACACAAACAUAUAUAUGCACGCCCAUGUUUAUUGCAGCUCUGUUUACAAUAGCAAAAAGCUGGAAGCAACCAAGGUGUCCAUCAACGGAUGAAUGGUUAAAUAAAUUGUGGUAUAUUCACAAAAUGGAAUACUACGCAUCGAUAAAGAACAGUGAUGAAUCUGUGAAACAUUUCAUAACAUGGAGGAACCUGGAAGGCAUUAUGCUGAGUGAAAUUAGUCAGAGGCAAAAGGACAAAUAUUGUAUAAGACCACUAUUAUAAGAUCUUGAGAAAUAGUAUAAACUGAGAAGAACACGUAAUUUUGUGGUUAUGAGGGGGAGAGGGAGGGAGGGUGGGAGAGGGUUAUUUACUGAUUAGUUGGUAGAUAAGAGCUACUUUAGGUGAAGGGAGGACAAUACUCAGUACACGGAAGGUCAGCUCAAAUGGACUGGACCAAAAGCAAAGAAGUUUCCCGGAUAAACUGAAUGGUUCAAAGGUCAGCAGAGCAAGGGUGAGGGUUUGGGGACUAUGGCUUAAGGGGACUUCUAAGUCAAUUGGCAAAAUCUAUUAUGAAAACAUUCUGCAUCCCACUUUGAAAUGUGGCGUCUGGGGUCUUAAAUGCUAACAAGCGGCCAUCUAAGAUGCAUCAAUUGGUCUCAACCCACCUGGAUCAAAGGAGAAUGAAGAACACCGAGGUCACACGAUAACUAUGAGCCCAAGAGACAGAAAGGGGCACAUGAACCAGAGACUUACAUCAUCCUGAGACCAGAAGAACUAGAUGGUGCCCAGCCACAACCGAUGACUGCCCUGACAGGGAGCACAACAGAGAACCCCUGAGGGAGCAGGAUAACAGUGGGAUACAGACCACAAAUUCUCAUAAAAAGACCAGACUUAAUGGUCUGACUGAGACUAGAAGACUCCCGGUGGUCAUGGUCCCCAAACCUUCUGUUGGCCCAGGACAGGAACCAUUCCCGAAGACAACUCAUCAGACAUGGAAGGGACUGGACAAUGGGUUGGAGAGAGAUGCUGACGAAGAGUGAGCUACUUGUAUCAGGUGGUCACUUGAGACUGUGUUGGCAUCUCCUGUCUGGAGGGGAGAUGGGAGGGUAGAGAGGGUUAGAAACUGGCAAAACAGUCACGAAAGGAGAGACUGGAAGGAGGGAGCGGGCUGACUCAUUCGGGGGAGAGUAAAUGGGAGUAUGUAGUAAGGUGUAUAUAAGCUUAUAUGUGACAGACUGACUUGACUUGUAAACUUUCCCUUAAAGCACAAUAAAAAUUAUUUUAAAAAAUAAAACAGUCAUCUUACCAAUUUCUUACGUUAAUAAUUUCUUGGGAGAAUCUUUGAUACUUCUACCUUUCCCAAAUGCCCAGAACUAGGGAAUCUGAUUUCUGUGCCUUCUUGGGUGUUGAUGGAUUUUUUAUAAUUGGGGUGAUACACAGGUUGUGAGUUUACUGCUGGAGUUCCAACAAAUAUAAAAAACUGUAUAACCGUCACUGUUGUCCCCUUCCCAGUCCCUGGGCUCCCCAUUCCCCUUCUUCCACUGUUCUCAUCUCUGUCACUGUAAUUUGCAUUUGCUGCUUUAGAACUUUCUAUACAUGGAGGUACUCAUUAGCCUCUGGCUUUUUUUUUUUUUUUUAACUGAACGCUUUUGAGAUUUCUCCAUGGUAGUGCAAGGAUCAGUAGUUCAUUGUUUUCUUUCGCUGAGUAGUAGUAAAUGAGUGUAUUACACUUGUUUAUCCAUUUGCCUCUUGAUGAAUAUUUGGAACUAUUAUUAAUACAGCUUUUAUGAAUUUUUUUAAAUUGGCUUUUUUGUUGCUGAGAAUAUAUACAGCAAAGCAUAGACCAAUUCCACAGUUUCUACAUGUACAGUUUAGUGCCUGAUUACAACCUCAGAGUUGGGCAACCAUUUUCACUCUCCGUUCCCAAAUUGUCCCUCCCUUGUUAGCAUAAACUUACUGCCACCUAAGGCUCCUGUCUAAUCUUCCCAAUUAUUAAUUUGAUCCCAUAUAGGUAGUUCUUAAAAGGUCAUGGUGCUCAAGGCAGACAUUUUUUUACUAGUUAGGCUAAACUUGUUCAGUUUUAAGAUGACUUUUGGUAGUAUUUUUGAUUGAAGGUUUAAAGAUUAUUUCAGGGCCUUAUUUUCAGGGAUUCAUCUACCCUCCAUGGCUCCAGAAAGUUGAGUCCAUGAGAAUUUUAAUUUUCUGUUCUGUGUUUUCCCCCUUUUGGUCAGAAUUCUAUGGAAUCUUUGAUCAAAAUGUUCAGUAACGGUAGCUGCACACCAUCCAGUUCUUCUAGGCUCAUGGCAAAAGAGGCAGUUGUUCAUGGAGGCAGUUGGCCACACGUUCCAUAUCCUCUUCCUGUUCUUGGCUCUCCUUCAUUGUUCCAGAUGAAUAGAAAUGAAUUGUGCCUUGGAUGGCCACUUGCAAGCUUUUAAGACCUCUGAUACUGUGCAGUGCAAUAGGUAGCACAGAAGCACUAAACACAUCAUUAGGCCAAAUAUCUGGGAUGUCUUAUGAAACCAUGACCCUAAAUGUCCAAACCAAGGAAACAAAUCUAUAAGCAGCCUUAGCAACUAUUUUUUUUUGAUCACUAUUAUAAAUAUAUCACACAACUUUCGCCAGUUCAACUUUUUACAGGUGUGCAACUUAUUGACAGCAAUUGCAAUAAUAGGCUGUGCAGCCCUACCCUUAAUGCAAUUUUCUCAUCACUGUUAGUCCCACUUUUUCCCUUCCAUCCUUCACCUGUUAACCACUAAUAAACUGGUCUCUAUACGUUUACCUUUUCUUGUCUUUAUAUAAGUGAAGUCAUACAAUAUUUGUCCUCUUGUGAUUGGCUUAUUUCACUCAGCAUAAUACCUUCAAGCUCUGUACUGUAGCAAGUAUCAAGACUUAAUUUCUCCUACUGGCUGAGUAGUAUUCCAUUAUAUGUCUGUACCACAUUUUGUUGAUCCAUUCAUGUGUUGAUGGGCAUUUAGGUUGUUUCCACCUUUUGUUGUGAAUACUACUACAAUGAAUAUUGGCAUACAAGUCUCUUUGUGUAAGUCUCUCCUUUCAAGUCUCUUGGGUAUAUUCCUAGGAGUGAAAUUGCUGGUUCAUAUGGUGGCUAUAUUUUUAGUUUUUGGGGGAUCACCACACUGUUUUCCACAACAGCUGUACCAUUUUGCAUUCCCACCAGCAACGGAUAAGAGUUUCAGUUUCCCCACAUCCUCGCCAGCAUCUGUUUUUUUUUUUUUUUUUUAUCUUAGCUGUCCUAAACAAACAAACAAAAAAAAAAACCCGUUGCUGUCGAGUCGAUUCCAACUCAAAGUGACCCUAUAGGACAGAGUAGAACUAGGGGUUCUUUCCAAGGUGGAUUCAAACUGCUGGCCUUUUUGAUAGCAGCCAAGCUCUUAACCACUGCAUCGCCAGGACUUCCUAGCAAUUGUAGUGGGAGUAAAAUGGUAUCUCAUGGUAGUUCUGAUUUGCAUCUCUGAUGGCUAGUGACGCUGAGCAUCUUUUCAUGUGUUUGGUGGCCAUUUGAAUGUCCUCUUCGGUAAAAUGUCAUUUCAUGUCCUUUGCCCAUUUUAUAAUUGGGUUAUUUAUCUUUUUGUUGUUAAGUUGUCCAAGUUUUAUAUAUUUUUUGGUUAGAUUCUUGUCAGAUUUGUGGUUUCUGAAGAUAUUCUUCCAGUCAGUAGCUUGUAUUUUCACUUUUUUGGUAAAGCCUUUUGAUGAACAAAACUUCUUAAUGUUUAUAAGGUCCCACUUACUUAUUUUGUCUUUCCCUGUUUGUACCUUUGUUAUUAGAUAAUCUGUUUUUGAAAGCUAGGCCUGUGUUGCUUCUGCUUGUUCUUUUAAGAAUUUUAUGGUUUUAGUUUACACAUUUAGGUCCUUAAUCCAUUUUGAAUUUGUUUUUGUAUAUGGUGUGAGGCAUGGAUCCUGUUUCAUUUUUCUGCACGUGGAAAUCCAAUUUUUCCGGCACCAUUUAUUGAAGAGACACUUCUUUUCCAUUAAGUGGACUUAGCACCUUUGCCAAAAAUUAGUUGACCAUAGAUGUGUGGGUUUAUUUCUGGAUUCUCUAUUCCAUUGGUCUAUAUGUCUAUUGUCAUGCCAGUACCAAGCUGUUCUGAUGACUGUAGCUGUAUACGCAUUGUCUUUGAGUCAAUUCUGGAUCAUAGCAACCCUAUGGGACAGAGUAAUGCUGCCCUAUAGGGAAUCCAAGGAGCAGCUGGUGGAUUCGAACUGCUGACCUUUUGAUUGGUGGCUGAGCUCUAAACCACUGUGCCACCAGGGCUCUUUAAAAUCAGGAAGUGUGAAUCUUCCUACUCUGUUCUCUUUCAACAAUAUUUUAGCAUUUGGGG